AUGCCGCCGAAGUUGGACCCAAGCGCGAUCGUCGAUGUGUACGUCCGUGUGACCGGAGGAGAAGUCGGAGCCGCCAGUUCUCUGGCUCCGAAGAUCGGUCCUCUCGGUCUCGCACCAAAGAAGAUCGGAGAAGACAUCGCCAAAGAGACGGCCAAGGAGUGGAAAGGUCUCCGUGUCACCGUGAAGCUGACUGUGCAGAAUCGUCAGGCUAAGGUCACGGUGGUUCCGUCAGCUGCGGCUCUGGUCAUCAAGGCGUUGAAGGAGCCGGAGAGAGACCGUAAGAAGGUGAAGAACAUCAAGCACAAUGGCAACAUUUCAUUCGACGAUGUGAUUGAGAUUGCGAGGAUAAUGAGGCCUAGAUCUAUCGCGAAGGAGCUGAGCGGGACGGUGAGGGAGAUUCUGGGAACGUGCGUGUCUGUUGGGUGCACUGUUGAUGGAAAGGACCCGAAGGAUCUUCAGCAGGAGAUUCAAGAGGGUGAGAUCGAGAUUCCUGAGAACUAA